UGGCCCUCAGUCUCUGCACGCGUGUGUCCUGAGCCCACGAGUAUUGCUAGGUGGAGCCCAGGCGGUGAGGAGUCGGUCCUCGGGCCCAGGAGGGACAGAGGGGAGGGACCAAAUUCGCCUCUCUGCUCCCCACUUCUCUCAACCAGUCCUCUGAGAGUCUUCCGGCCGCUUUCCCGCACUCAGUCUUUCUGGGAAAGUAAAACGAAACUUUUCCCAGAUGAAGAGAACUCACCUGUUCAUCAUGGGGGUCUAUCUGCUGUCCUCCUGCCGGGCAGAAGAGGGGCUCAACUUCCCCACGUAUGACGGCAAGGACCGCGUGGUCAGCCUCACGGAGAAGAACUUCAAGCAGGUGUUGAAGAAAUACAACGUGCUCUGCCUCUACUACCACGAGUCCGUGUCUUCAGACAAAGUCGCGCAGAAACAGUUCCAGCUGAAAGAAAUUGUGCUCGAGCUUGUGGCCCAGGUCCUGGAACAUAAAGAUAUAGGCUUUGUGAUGGUGGAUGCCAAGAAAGAAGCCAAGCUUGCCAAGAAACUGGGUUUUGAUGAAGAAGGAAGCCUGUAUGUUCUUAAGGGUGAUCGCACAAUCGAGUUUGAUGGCGAGUUUGCAGCUGACGUCCUGGUGGAAUUUCUCCUAGAUCUGAUUGAAGAUCCCGUGGAGAUCAUCAACAGCAAACUGGAAGUCCAAGCCUUCGAACGCAUUGAGGACCAGAUCAAACUCAUUGGCUUUUUCAAGAGUGAGGAUUCAGAGUAUUACAAGGCUUUUGAAGAGGCAGCUGAACACUUCCAACCUUACAUCAAAUUUUUUGCUACCUUCGACAAAGGGGUUGCAAAGAAAUUGUCGUUGAAGAUGAAUGAGGUUGACUUCUACGAGCCAUUUAUGGAUGAGCCCACUGCCAUCCCUGACAAACCUUACACAGAAGAGGAGAUCGUGGAGUUUGUGAAGGAGCACCAAAGACCCACCCUACGUCGCCUCCGUCCAGAAGAUAUGUUUGAAACAUGGGAAGAUGAUUUGAACGGGAUCCAUAUUGUGGCCUUUGCAGAGAGGAGCGACCCAGAUGGCUACGAGUUCCUGGAAAUCCUGAAACAGGUUGCCAGGGACAACACCGACAACCCCGACCUGAGCAUUGUGUGGAUCGACCCAGAUGACUUUCCUCUGCUCGUCGCCUAUUGGGAAAAGACUUUCAAGAUCGAUCUAUUCAAGCCCCAGAUUGGGGUGGUGAAUGUGACAGACGCGGAUAGUGUCUGGAUGGAGAUCCCUGAUGAUGAUGACCUGCCCACGGCUGAGGAGCUGGAGGACUGGAUCGAGGAUGUGCUUUCUGGAAAGAUAAACACUGAAGAUGACGACAAUGAAGAUGGGGAUGACGAGGAUGACGACGAUGAGGAUGACGAUGAUGAUGGCGAGAAUUCUGACGAGGAGUCUAAUGACGACAGUGAUGACGAUGACGAGUAGCCCGGACUCUGGGUGGUGGAUGAAAGCACAAUCACAGCUGCCCACUCCCAUGCAGACAGCACCGGGGGCGGCCAGCAGCCCCAGCCCUCUCCCACCAGCUCCAUCCCCCUUUCCCAUCCCUUUUCCUACCCCCUUCUCAUCGGGAGCUGUACCAUUCAGCAAAUGCCUCUAAACAUAGUAAUCCCGCUCAGCAGGGACAAUCAGGGAAUUAUUCCCAUGUGGACUGUCUUGAUUGUCUUGGAAAAGCCAGACCAUCAGUGGUCAUGGCAGUGCCGGAAUCUGGAGGUCUGGGGCCAACAGUCCCCUGACACCUCCACUCAAGUUUACUUGUUGUCUUUGAUGUGACGGUAACAGAAUUGACGGCUGGCAAACUCAAGCAUAGAGUGACCUAACAGUCAGAGCCCAGGGAGACCCACGAUUAAUCCAUUUAGCCCCUGUGCCUAGAACAUCAGUGACGAUCCCACCUUAAGGCAAGAGGUUCCCUCUUAGGAAAGGCUCAGCCUUAGAAACAAGUUUCUAAAUCAGGUUCUCUUGGCUCUAUUAAACUUAUUAUUUCAAGUGUAUGUCACACCAUUAUGAACUCAGAUCCAAGUGUUUGGAUACCUAUCAGGAGGCCUUAAAACCCAUGUGUACAGGUGUCACAAUUAUUUCUAGUAUGUUAGGGUAUGGGCAGGAGGUUGAUUUGCUUUCUGAACUUCCCUUCAGUGACGAGUCUCACAUUAUAAGCAAGAGAGUGGGAGAACUGGAAGGAUUAAAGGUUUUUAAUUUUUUCUGCUGGAUUCGUGCCCCUGAUUGAGUCAGCUGACUUCCUAGCCUGAGCUGGGAUCUGGAUACCCUUUUCUGUUGCUGCUAGUGAGUCCUCCCAUUGGGAGUGCAAGUUGGUUUAUCCAGAGGUCAAUCAAUGUUCCACUUGUCAGCCCUCCCACACUUGAGCAGGACAACAGCUAGAGUUCAAAAUGGUGCCCUGAGGUACUGAGAAAAUCCCCAAGUGCCUUCCAACCUAUCUAGAAGUUACGUUGUGCUCAGUAGUUUUAGCAUUAAGUGUGCCUUAUUAUGUUCUAAUUUAUUUUCUCAAUCUUUCAACACAUGUGUAAGACACUGUGCAAAUUCUUUGGAAAUAGAGUAAUCCUUUUAUGGAAUAGUAGCCAACUAACUCUGUCAUUAAACUUAUACUUUGAAAAUAUUAAGACUAUCUUAAAAGUCCUCUCUUGGUUUUUCCCACCCUGCUCAUUCUCUCUUGGUUCCCGACCUACCUCUCUGUUCCCUCUCUGUUUUCCUUUCCGGCCCCUCUUCCCCUGCCUGCCUUUUAAAUGAUAGUGUUUCACAGUAUCUCUCGACUCUAACAUUCUUCCCGGGUACUACUACUGCCAUGCCCAUUAGCUACCACCUGUGUGCUAAUGACCUCCAAGUCUGGGUCUCUAAACUUGACCACUCUCUUGGUUUUAGAUCCACUCAUUCAUCUUGGUUUGGAGAUUGCACAAGUGAUUCAAACAACAGAGCGAAACCCCAACUCAUUACCUUCUCCCCUAAAUUCUCCUCCUCUUCAUGGUGUCCCAGAUCGGAAGAGUGAUAUCAGCACGUAUCCACUUGUCUAGGUGAUCGGAAGGGGCAUUUUGCACAUACCCCCAAUCAUGGAAAUUGUGCUUUAAACUGUAGUACAUAUUUACCUGUCUGUCCUUUCGCUAAAUUGUAGCCUUCUCGGAGACAAGGACUUUAUUUAUCUUUGUAUACUCAGCAGCCAGCACUUUGUCCAGCACAAAGUAGACCCUCAUUUAUUGAAUUGGUAGGUGAAUAAUUGAUAACCAGAAUAUUUAUAAUUCCCCAGCACUGUUGGGUAACAAUGCUUACAAGCCUCCUUAUUUUUAUUUCUUUCCCUCCAAAAGCAAGGCAAACACUUCCCCAGCUGGACUGUGCUGCCGUCUAGCCAGAUCCAACCACACCUCUAAUAAGCUCCUGGGGACGUACAUUUUCAAAAUAAUCUUUGAAGCUACUCUUUCAAAUAGCCAAGCAAUGUGGUCUGUCAUGAAAGUGGUCUAUUCUCCAGCCCAGGAAAAUUCCCUUGUUCAGAGACCUGAGUAAUAUGCAUUAAGUUAAAUCGUGUUGUGGUACUCCCAUGUUAGAAGUACUGAGUCGAGGGGCGCCUGGGUGGCACAGCGGUUAAGCGUCUGCCUUCAGCUCAGGGCGUGAUCCCGGCGUUGCGGGAUCGAGCCCCACAUCAGGCUCCUCUG